AAGCACUUGACCUCACAGCAUAGCAAAAGAAAGUGCACAUUCCUCUGUUUUGCUCCCCUGUUUAGGCCUUAUCAUAAGCUCACAAUCAUGCCUCUUCUCACUCUCAUUGCUGUUCUCUUUCUUAACAUCAAUCUCCAAGGUGUUACUGCUGACUAUGGUGGUUGGCAGGGUGGUCAUGCCACUUUCUAUGGUGGGGGUGAUGCUUCUGGCACAAUGGGUGGAGCAUGUGGGUAUGGAAAUCUGUAUAGCCAGGGUUAUGGAACAGACACUGUGGCUCUAAGCACUGCUUUGUUCAACAAUGGCUUAAGCUGUGGAUCUUGCUAUGAAAUGAGAUGUGAUGAUGACCCAAGAUGGUGCAAACCUGGCUCUAUUAUCGUCACUGCUACUAACUUCUGUCCCCCAAAUCCAUCUUUGCCAAACAACAAUGGUGGUUGGUGCAACCCACCUCUGCAACACUUUGAUAUGGCUGAACCUGCCUUCCUUCAGAUUGCAGAAUAUAGAGCUGGAAUUGUCCCAGUGGCCUUCAGAAGGGUUCCUUGUGUGAAGAAGGGAGGAAUAAGGUUCACUAUCAAUGGUCACUCUUACUUCAACCUAGUUUUGGUCACCAAUGUGGCUGGUGCUGGGGAUGUGCAUUCAGUGUCCAUCAAAGGGUCCAAAACUGGGUGGCAACCCAUGUCAAGAAAUUGGGGCCAAAACUGGCAGAGCAACUCCUACCUGAAUGGACAAGCCCUUUCUUUUCAAGUCACCACCAGUGAUGGCAGAACUGUGGCAAGCUACAAUGUGGCACCAGGCAAUUGGCAAUUUGGGCAGACCUUCCAAGAGGCCAAUUCUAGAGACCUUAUUGCAAUGAGGGUAGAAAACAGUACAAAAAAAAGUUUGUAUACCUACUAUUGUUCACCUCACUGGAACAACCAUAAAAUGUCAUAAUAGGUAUUGAUCAAUUCUUGUAACUGAUUCUGAAAGGCCAGUGUUUUAUUUUAUUGGUCUAGAAAGUAGCUGAGGUGUUUAUAUGGCACCCGCUGGUCACUUCACAUAUAACAUACAUAUAUGGAGAGAGAGUUAUGUAUUAUCUUGUGUGUUGUGCUGCUUUUCUUCAAUCAAAGUUAAUAAUUAUAUUCA